AUGGACACUGGCUCUGCCCAGCAGAGGGGCUCUUUGUCUCCUCCGCCUCCUCGCUCCGGUGCCCGUUCCACCGUAUCUGUCACCGAGUCAACUCAUGUCUCUUUGCCGUCGAUUCGGCAGCUACACCCAUACCUUCCUCCGGCACCUGGACUGCAACGUCUAUCUCUUGAGCCCGCUGGAUAUUCGUAUUCUAGCACCGGUAUGCCGGACGUAGGUUCCGCGACCAACCAAGCCCCGGGACCAUCGUCUGUUCCCUCCCCGAGGUCCGAGGGCGGUGACCCGUCCAUCGACCCACAGGAGCAGCCGAAGAAGCGGAGGAGGCGCCAGGCCCUGAGCUGCACCGAGUGCAAACGCCGAAAGAUCAAAUGUGACAGAGCACAACCAUGUGCCCCGUGCAGUCGCCGUAACGAACAGGAUAAAUGCCACUGGGCAUCUAUAGAGCCUGCUGAAAAAUACGUAACUCGAACAGAAUACGAGGACCUCAGAGCCCAGCAUCAAGAGCUGACGGCUCGGCACCAGAGCCUCCAAUCCGUCGUGGCAGGUCUUGCGGCUCGGCUUGACCAGGCGGAAGCCAUUCUAAGCCGGGGAAUCGGCACAACAUCCGCCAAUCUGCCCCCGGUUGCAGGACGUACGCAUGCACCAGAUGAUACCCGGAAUUAUGUGACUAGUCCUCCCGCACUGCAGCAGUCCGGGAUCAUCCGGCAACCAACGGGUCAUGCUGCCAGCAUCUCCAGAGGGUUUCCCUAUUUGCCGGAGCAUGGGCCUCCUCGCCGCACUUCUAUCCUUGAAGCGCGACCCUCCGAUAUCGCUCCUUCGUCCGCGGUACCCCCAUCCUCGUCGAGCAGCGGGUUCCCAAACUCGCCAUUCUCACUAGCUGCAAUAACGAAUCCCCAGACCGAGUACGCCCUGAAUCGUCCGCCAAACAUUAUAGGCCAACCGUCCAGCAGGAGUUCAAAAAACUCUCGAGCGCGGGUGUUCACUCCGGGAGAGCACCUGCGCCCUCUGACGCUUCAGGUCCCGGCAGCAGGGUAGCAGCAGACGAC